AUGGCUCCUCAUGCGACUGGAACGCCUCCACCUUCCUCGCAUCCGUAUAUCCAUGCCUACCCUAUCACAGUCCUCGCUUCGUCACGUGCAGUCGUGUCUGGCCGGUUAACAUCAGCCACCAUCGUAAUCAACACUCAGACCGGCAAGAUCAUAUCCAUCUUCCACUCCGUCCUGUCUAAAUCAGACUUCCCUCCCGGGACGCCAUUUGUCGACCACUCGCCAAAGAUACUACUUCCGGGUCUCGUGGAUGCCCACGUGCAUCUCAACGAGCCGGGUCGGACAGAAUGGGAGGGCUUCUGGACCGGUACACGAGCGGCUGCCUUUGGCGGCGUCACAACCGUCGUAGACAUGCCACUCAAUGCCAUCCCACCGACUACCACUGUCGCGGGUCUGAAAGAGAAAGUCUCGGCGGCGCAAGGUCAAUGCUGGGUUGAUGUCGGCUUCUAUGGUGGCAUAAUCCCUGGUAAUGCCCACGAGCUCAGACCACUUGUUCAAGAAGGCGUGCGCGGUUUCAAGGGAUUCUUGAUCGACAGCGGCGUCGAGGAAUUCCCAGCGGUCUCCGCCAUUGACAUCUCCAAAGCCCUCACCGAGCUGGCCGACAGCCCAACAACCCUAAUGUUCCACGCUGAGAUGAUCCCACCCAUCACCGACUCCGUCGGCGACGACGUCCAGAAAUCCCUCCCACCACUCCACCCCUCCGGCCCCCUAACAGCCUACAAAACCUUCCUCGACUCGCGCCCCGCCUCCUUCGAAACCUACGCCAUCGCCGAGAUCCUCUCCCUCGCGCACCUAGCGCCCAACCUCCCGCUCCACAUCGUGCAUCUCUCGGCCAUCGAAGCGAUCCCGCUGCUCCGCGAAGCACGCGCCCGCGGCGUCAAGAUCACAGCGGAAACAUGCUUCCACUACCUCAGUCUCGCGGCCGAGGCGGUCAAGGACGGUGACACGCGCCAUAAGUGCUGCCCGCCUAUCCGCACGCAGUCGAACCAGGACGGCCUUUGGGACGAGCUGACCCGUGAGGAUGACAGUGUCAUUAAGACCAUCGUCUCGGAUCACUCGCCUUGCACACCGGAUUUGAAGAUGCUGCCGCCGAGGCUGGCGGGCGAGACGGAUCCGGCGAAUGUGGAUGGUGAGGGCGGGGACUUUUUUGCCGCAUGGGGCGGGAUUAGUUCGGUGGGGCUGGGCCUGAGUAUCUUGUGGACGGAGGCGUGUAGGAGGGGCGACCCGUCUGUUGAGGAUGUGGUGAAGUGGUGCUGUAGGAACACAGCGAAGCAGGUUGGGCUGGAGCACCGGAAGGGAGAUCUGGCGGUGGGCUUCGAUGGAGAUGUGGCGGUCUUCGAUGAUGAGAGGGAGUUCGUGGUCGAGCACAGCACCAUGCUCUUCCGCAAUAAGUGCUCACCGUACGAGAACAAGACGCUCAGGGGCGCCGUCGUCGAGACGUGGCUGCGCGGCAAGCGUGUCUUUACGAGGGAGCACGGAUUUGCGGAGAAGGCGGGUCCACGCGGCCAGCUGCUGCUGGAGCCGAGAACAGCGACGGCGAAGGGCCGCAAGGAUAUAGAGUUCGCCUUGGCAGCGUAA